AGGUUCCAGUGUUUCAAAGCAGCUUGGGUGACAACAGUUCUUCACCAAGGUUUCAAGUUUCCCCAGAACUACAGCAACCUACGCUCCGCCUUUUAUAUCGGCGACAAAGAAGUUCAAUGGACACUAGGAGCGAUCCUCUAUCGAACAAGGUUCCUGCCUCUAAGGUACGUUAUUUAUCGCAGGUUAAUGGGGCUCAUGAGAGCUCUAGGAAUUAAUUGCCUUGUUGCCGAUAAACUGUAACGGUAAAAAAAUGACACGCAAAGGGAAAAAAAUUUGAACCCUUUAACAGAAGUCAUUAGCAGUUUGGUUCUUCGGUUUAGCCGGCGGUUAAGCUCAUUUUAAAAUUACUCGUUUUAGCCGUUUAUCUCAGCUUCUUUGUUGGUUUUUGGUCACUUUUUAUUGCAGUUUCGAAGAUUUAUCGAUUUUGGGGGCCGGUUUUGCACCUUUCUCCUCGAGCAUCGUCCAUGAACUCAUUAAACUAAAGAGAGGAAGUUCGAUACUCUGGCUUCAUGGCCAGUAAAUGCCGUGUUUUUAUUUUUGUUUUGUUUUUGUCCUAUAAUGGCUGGAAGUUUAUAUUUGAAUGUCGUGCGUUUAUUUGCCUCUAACACUUAAUUAGCUAAGUAAAACAUCAAGAAUAACAUUGAACCGCAACAGCUGUCCCCCCUCCGUCUCCCCCAGUCUCUCACACCACGUGACAUUGUUCUAAUCCAAUCGAUCUUUACAUGCGUGCAAAGAUGGCGGAUAUGGUCAGUAUGGCAUUUGACCACAUAUAUUUUUCAUUUCUAGGGACGUCCAAUUGCAUUCACAGUACAAAAGUUCAUAUCACGCCCUUUGGAGUUACGUGAGUGAACUACAGUUCCGUAUCAUAUUCUUGGUGUGCAGUGUCACAGUUUUGGCCGCCAUCUUGCUGUACUGUAGGCGGCUACGGCGCAUGAGCAGUACGUCAAGCUUGUGGCAGUACAACUCGUCUCCAGUCCUCUACAAUGUUGAUGUAAUACCCAGCACAGAUAAGAUUCCUGUGAGAUGA